AUGGACUCUGAAACGAGACCGAGCUCGAAUAUUGGUCCCCCGAGAAGUCAUCAAUCCUACGAUUCCUAUCAUCGACAUGUUCGCGCAGUUCAUGGGGUCGAGGGUAAUUCUGAGCCAGGACCAUCGAGCCGGCACGGAUCCGGUCUCUCUGGUCUCAGCGCAAACACAAAGCCUCAGCACGGGAACCUUGCUUCAUUUUUUGACUCAGAAAGGUUAGCUAAUUCAGCGGCCCCGUGUGAUCCAAGCAAUCGAAGUACGCAAUCCACCACUAAGGGAAUACGAUGGCCUUUUCUUGGAAGCAUCAAGUCGACAAACAGUCUAUCGUUGCCUCCUUCACCUCGAGCCGGGACUCCAGCCGAACCUACCGAAGUCGAACUACCAUGGCGACCCGUCUUUCUCCAUCGACGAAUUCUGGUUCUUUAUGCUAUCGCCAUCGCAGCUCUUAUUGCGGGAGUGCAAAUCGCACUUCAACUAUCCGAGCGCAACGACGGCCUCCGAGAAGCCGAUGAUGCGUCAAGAUAUCUGUGGCAAUAUGGGACAACCCUGGUAUUCAUCGUUGUGGCUGCAUUCUGGAACAGAGUCGAGUUUCAGGCCUCGACUUCCAUGCCGUGGAUCCUUAUGCUGAACAAUCAAACCGAUGCCGACAAGUCUCUUUUACUGGAUUACGCUUCCCUUUCUGGGCCCAUGGCUAUUAUCAAGGCAGUCCGAAAUAGGGAUUGGCUUGUUGCAACUCCGGUUUUGGCCGGAAUAAUAUUUAAACUAAUCAUUAUAUUCUCCACGGCCUUUGUCACACCCAGGGUUAUCACUGUUGCUCGUUAUGAGUCUGCUAUCACAGUCCAGAAUGAGUUUCCUAACAGUGUUUCGGGUCUGGAAAACAUUGGCUCGUUACCAUAUUUUACUCUUGCUGCCUUGGCGGCCGACAAUAUUACAUUUCCCAACGGGGUCACUCCCCGAGCAGCAUAUACACCUUUUUUUAGCGAUGUUACUGAACUAAUAGCGAUCACGGCGGAUGUGGAUGGAUUUAUUGGUGGCAUGGAAUGCAAAGAGGCGGAACUGACUUUAGACUCUAUGAUACUUGUCGAGGGAGGUUCUCUUGCAUUGAAUGUGACAGUAUCGGAAACAGGAUGUUCCUCGGAACAAGCUCUCACAAGCACGAAACUUGCGAGUACCAAAGACAGAGACUUGUCGAGAGCGUUUUUAACAUUUCAACCUGCCAGCUGUGGUGGCUCGACGAAAGACGACGAACAGAGAAUAGCUGUCAUGUCUGGUAUUCUAGACUUUGACAUCGAUCAACUCACGAAGCAAUCGAAGACUUCAAACGGACGACUCAAUGGAACAUUAUCAUCAUCAUCUGGGUUCCUUUGCAAGCCAAAAUACAACAUCACCACGAUGAGAGUUUCCAAGACUUUUGAGACAGUUCUUUCGGCCACGCCCAACGCUCAAGCUGAGAAUACAACUUUGGACCAGGUUCAUCCUUGGACAGUUGCCCGCGCACUGUUCAAAUCUCUCGAAACCAACGAAAAGCAGCUUCUGUCUACUUCCGUGAACUCGUCAUACGAUGGUGAUGCUAUUAUCCAUAUUGACGAAGCCAUGUCUGCUGCGCUUCUGCUAGGCUCAAGAGAAGGAUGGGAUCUUCCCAAGGUGGAAUCGCUAACAGACAAGGACAUCUUGAGCCUUCUUUCUGAGAACUUCUACGCGCAAUACUCGGCUCUUAUCGCUCGAUACGCAAUGAUGGAGCCGUCUACCAGCUCAACGACCGCUGUUGCCCGCUUCAUUGGACGACGUCUUGUUGUACGGCCUGCUCCCGCAUAUCUCAUAACAGCAUUGUUGGUACUUUGCUUGUUUCUGGCUCUAGCAACAAUGUGGCUGGUUCCAAAGAAAGGGUUUCUUCCACGAGACCCCAGCACUAUCGUUGGCAUGGCCUCGGUAGUAGCACACAGUCACCCACUCGUUGAGUCUCUUAAAGGCAUGGGACCUGCACCAAACAAAGUCCUCGGAUCAAGACUCGAGGGUUCGACUUACAUGAGCGGAGCUGAAGGCCACGAAAAACUGGACAGCCCCAACCUGGGCUAUUUUCACAUCUUCGGCGGUAAAGCGCCUUCUGCAACGUGCCAACCACAAAGAUACAAUUCCUCAACAUGGAGACAGCCUGCUACUUUACACGGUCUGAUUCGACUGAUAUACAUCCUUGUGCUGGCAUGCAUUAUCAUAGGGUUUGAGAUUUCGCUUCGUUUGUCGCAUCGUAACGAAGGACUAAGAACGAUGGAUGACGAUGCGGCAUAUCUAGCAUGGACCAUCGUACCGGCCUCAGUACUGUUACUGGUGGCUAUGUACAUGCUCUCCUUGGAGUGGUGGACGAGACUGCUUUCUCCAUUCUCACAUCUCGCACGUCGAGGAGACUUUGAUGAAACCGUGGGCCUAAAUUUGGCCAAUGCUUUGAGGCAUGUAGCGUGGAGACGAGCUCUCAAGAUCUGGGACAUCGCUGCCCUGACUGCGAUUACUGGUGGUUUCGUGGCGCUACUUAUCGUGAUUGCAUCUGCUCCUCUGUUUGACCCCAGGCCAAUUGAGUUUGACAGUAGUCUUCCGCUACGCACCGAGGAUUUCUUCGCCAACAGCCUGCUAUCUUCCCCCGAUGAUUCCAUAUGUAUCGACUGUACCAACGACACCAUCCUGGCAUCGCUAGUACUUGCUGGCAAUGCCCCUUAUCCCCCAUUCACCUUUGCCGAUCUCAACCUACCGACCGUAUCCCUGGUAGAAGACACUGAGAGCGACGAUAUUGUUGUCAGUGCACGGUUAACAGCAAUUCGACCAAGAAUGUCGUGUCGAUUAUACAAAUCGGACGAGAUAUCUACAAAUCUUACCCUCGAAGUCGAACUCGAUGACGGAACUGUCAACCCACUGCGCGUGGAUCUCGAAGGUGAAACUUGCCGUGGAGUUGGGCGACAGGGCAGUAACAAUGCUAUCAUUGGAACGACGAGGAGCCCCUCCAGUAAUCAACGUACCGAGGACUUGAGCGGGAGCACAGUAUUUGGCGUUGGGCAGGGAAAGACAAGGUCGUCAUCGCAAUGCUCCGACUGGAUCUACAUCUGGGGUGAGUUGGAUAAUCUGGGGAAUAGCGAUAUGUCAGUGGGUGAAAUCAAUGCCCUCGCUUGCAACGAGACGAUCGAGGCAGUUGAUGUCAGAGCUGUCUUUUAUGGCCCUGAACUUCAUCUUUACCCAGAUCAUCCUCCUGCGCCCAUCGAACACACAGCCCAGGAUACGAGCGUCGCUAUACCGGAACUAGACUAUUCUACGCUUGUCAAUGUUUCUUCAGAUGGUCUCCUCGACUCAUUCUUUGCAAUGCUGAACUCCUCUCAGUUUGCUGUCCCUGAUUCGACAUUCGGCAGCUCAUCCGCCGAUGCUACAAACAGAACUCAGUCAGCAAUUUUGUCUCAGCAUGGAAUCAUCAGGGCUCAGUCGUUAAACUCCAAGAGUCGGCGUCAUUUAUCGUCGAGGGGAACAUUUCCAAUAGCAAAUGGCACUACCAUUGUCAGUGGUAUCGAUCCUGAUGAGUCAGUCUCUCAAGCCGUCCCAAUCAUCAGUGGUAGUAAAAUGGCAGGGAAGGUCAGGCUUCACCAGGAUGAGAUUGCUACACGAGUUUUGCAAUCUCUUGUGGGAGCAUUGAUGCUUCUUCACAUUACCUCGUGGAUUUGUUGGCGAAGAAUCAGACUUCCUCGCGCACCAACGACCAUCGCUUCUAUAACAGCCCUUCUUGUUGACGGCAACCUUUUCAGAUCACUACCUCGUGCCGCGCAGUGGCAGCCAGACAGUGAGCUCGAAGCUAUUUUUACCGAAGGAGACACGCCACAGCAAUUUGAAAUGGGAUGGGAUCGCAGAGGACGGAACAGGGGGCGCGAUGGACGACGAAAGAAGGACGAGGGUAACUUCGGUAUUCGUGCAUUUAUCCCAAAAGAUUCGAUACCAGAGGAAGUGGAGAUGAGACCAAUCCCUCCUCCCAAGCCACCACCGAAGCCAGUCAAGGAGAAAGUCGGGAUGGUUCGUCAAGGGACAGCAAUGUUAGGGGCUGACAGUACCCAAAGAAAAUCUGUGAUGCUCGCCAAAGGACACACCAGUAAUUCCAAGUCCAAGAGUUCCAAGAGUUCAAAAGGCUCUCAGGGGAACAAAGAGCCGAAGCAUAAGAGAUCUAUCUCAUCAGCACUGAGUGGGCCAAAAGAGUUGGUCAAAGUGUGGUGGGCUGGAGGAAAUUGA